AUGGUUAAACAUGGCAGCGAGAAGGGAAAACUGUUGCUACCUGAGAGUGUCAGUCUGGACGAAAAAGAACAGGCUGACUUAGAGAAGCAGAUGAAAGUGAUAAAGAAGAAAAAGCCCAGCUGGAGUGGCCUUCAGCCAGGAGUGAUCUAUGUAGGGCAUAUUCCUCAUGGCUUCUAUGAAAAGGAGAUGAAAUCUUUCUUCUCACAGUUUGGCAGAGUUCAAAGACUCCGGAUUGCAAGAAGUAAAAAGACGGGUCAUAUCAAGGGCUAUGGAUUUGUGGAGUUCCAGUGUAAGGAAGUGGCAAAAAUUGUUGCUGAUACCAUGAACAACUACUUGAUGUUUGAAAGAUUGCUGAAAUGUGAGUACUUGCCCCAGGACAAGGUUCACCCUGACACCUUCAAAGGCUCCAACAGACCAUUCUCCAUGCCUAAAAGCCACCUCCUAGCCAUUGAGAGACACAACCGAGUCAAAUCUGAUGAUGUGGAGAAGAAAAAUCAGCUGAGUUUUGUACAAAAGUAUGAGAAGAAAAUGGCCAGACUAGCAAAACUCGGCAUAGAUUAUAAGCUAGAGUCCUUGGAAAAUUCUGAUGUCAUGAAGGCUUAUAAUAAGAGAAAAUCUGAACAGGAUGAAAACGCCAGUGACACAGAGUCUGCCAAAAAGAGAAAGUUAAGUAAAAAGACCGAUGAAAGCAACAUGGCUGAUACUAGUGACAAAUAUGUUCUAGUAGAAGACAGUGACGAGGAAGACAUUGUUUUCCGGACACCUCCCCAAACGGUAAAGUCCACCAUUUUGUCUUCCUCUAAUACCACUGCAAAGAAGAAGAAGAUUUCUCAGUCUGUCGGUAAAACAUUCACAGAGCUGAUCAAGGAUGAGUGCCUGUUGUCACCGAUUACUCUGGUGAAGGCAAAGGGCGAAAGGAAAUCGUUACCAAGUAACAGAACGAGAACACCUAGUGCUCACAAGAGAAACCGAAAGGAGACAAGGUCAGCUAACCUUCACAGGAGAGCUGAGACUGCCAAAACGAAAAGAAUGCAAGUCCAGAGUCCUGAGAUUGGCGAAGGGAAAAACACACCAAGGCGAACUGUGUCAACGGGAAGCAAAGCAAAGGUGCAGAGAAAGGCUCAGAGGAAGAGUUUGUGAUAGGGACCAGUAAGAUAACAGACUAACCUGUGUAUGAAUAUGUUACUGGAAUAAUGCUACACUAUCUCCUGUUAAAUAAUUUUGUGCUAGGUAAAAUUGACUGGAGUGUUACCCAUGUCCAUUUUCAAAUCAUAAAACUGCCUUUGUUCACGAUGUAAAAUUCCUCAUGGCUGUCCAGUAAGCAGGAUAUGGUGUACCAAUAAAAUUAAUGAUGUAGCGCCAGUAGCUACAUGUGCCGAUGUACAU